CCGGGCUGGGGCAGUGCCCCGCUUGGCGCCCGGGGUCGCUGGAGUGGGGGGUCUCUGCUUGGAGUCACUCGGGUUGUGUUUCUCUGCCUGUCAAGCGACACACCCACAAUAAACUGCCUACUAGAAGUAAUAAACCCAACGCGCGGUGGACUUAAAAAGAAGCUGUCACCUUGUAAUGGAAGAAAGUGGAGCUGACCAUGAUAUUGCUAUGGAAGGAUCUAACUAUUUGUUCAUAGGCAGCUGUAAUGGUACAGAAGAGUCAGAAACGAAUGAUCAGGUUUUCCAGAAGCUGCUACUCAAAGUACAUUUUACUGUUUUUCCUCUGUGAAAGCAACUAACGUGCAUGGAUUCCAGGGAUCCCUUGUCUGGCCAGAGCGACUCUCCCCCAGCCCUGCCCAUCGCGGUGCCCCUCUCGGGCAGCCCUCCAGCAUCGGCCGUGGCCGCGCGGCCGCCCCAGGCGCGGUCCCGCUCUGCGGAGGAAUUCCACCUGGCAGAGCAGCCCAGGCAGCCCCUGUGUGAGCUGCAGCCCCUGCGGGGGCCCAGUGCACCCAUGAUGAUUGUUGCCAGCCAGUCAGAAGAUGGACAGGUGCUGCAUGUCAUUCCUUCUGCCCAGCCAGGAGUGACCCAAGUGAUUUUUCCUCCAGGUCAGCUUCUGGAUGUGACCAGCCCACAGGAUAUUUUGGAAGAGAAGUGUGGUGAUGGGAACCUGCAGACUGUGGUGGUGGCUUCUAUAGCAGACAGUGCAAGCAGUUACAUUCUACAUCCACAGGCAUCUCUCACUAUAUCGAAAAAAACAACUACCAGGGUAGUGGAAGAUUCUUUUCCAAUCCCUCUUCAGCCAUUGCCACUAAAUACACCUGCGUGGGCACGCCAUCUAAGAAGCUGUGAGAGAAUUGGGGACUCGUACCGCGGCUAUUGUGUGAGCGAGACAGAGUUAGAGAGUGUUCUCACGCUACACAAGCAGCAGACACAGAGCGUGUGGGGGACGCGCCAGUCUCCAAGCCCAGCCAAACCUGCCACACGCCUGAUGUGGAAAUCUCAGUAUGUCCCAUAUGAUGGGAUCCCCUUUGUCAAUGCAGGAAGCAGAGCCAUUGUAAUGGAGUGCCAAUAUGGGCCAAGGAGGAAAGGAUUUCAGCCCAAAAAAGCUGGUGAGCAGGAAAGCACCUCUGGCCAGCUGUACAAAGCCACUUGUCCAGCAAGGAUCUAUAUUAAAAAGGUUCAAAAGUUUCCAGAAUACGGGGUUCCUACUGACCCUAAAAUUGACAAGAAAAUCAUAAGAAUGGAGCAGGAGAAAGCAUUCAACAUGCUGAAGAAGAACUUGAUAGAUGCUGGUGGUGUCCUCAGGUGGUAUGUACAGUUACCUACUCAGCAAGCCCACCAAUAUCAUGAAAUGGAAGCUUCCUGCCUCCCUCCUUCACCAUCCCAUCUUUCUGUGUCUUCUCCUGAGGAGGAGGAGGAAGUCAUCAGAGAUGAGAACAGUACUCUGCCUUCUCGACUUCAUCCUCAAGUGGCAGACAAGAUCCGAGAGCUGGUGUCUCAGGGAAUAGAGCAGGUCUAUGCAGUGAGGAAGCAACUGAGAAAGUAUGUGGAAAGGGAAUUGUUCACGCCUGAUGAAGUGCCAGAAAGACAUAACCUGUCCUUCUUCCCCACUGUGAAUGACAUCAAGAACCACAUUCAUGAAGUGCAGAAGUCCCUAAGGAAUGGAGAGAUGGUGUAUAAUUCAGACAGUAUCCCAGCAACGCUGCAAUGGACCACAGACAGUGGGAAUGUCCUCACAGAAACAGUGACUGUUGCGUUUGCCUCACCACCUUCAGAUGGGGUGUUGCUGUGGAAUACAACCCAGGGAGAGAACUCUGUUCCUGCAUGUGAACAUUCACGGAGCUCAGGAGUGGAGUCAGUCAUCACCAAAGCAGAAUCCAACCAGAGCGGGGAGUCCUUGAUACCAGAAACAGCUCAGCUGUUGUCUUCACUCUCUUCACUUCAGCCCAAGAUAUUUGCACAACUUCAGGGAUUACAGCUGCAGUCAGCAUUUACCUCAACCAGCGGAUCAACAGCCCUGCUAGCUGUAAACAACCAUUCCCCUCCCAGCCCUGCAAGUCUCCUGGAUUCCCUGGGGAGUGCAGUGAGCAGCCAUUCUCUAGCACUGAGCCAGGGGCACAGUCUGCAGGCAGGAGCUGGCCCAACACAGGACAGUGCUGCUGCACCUUCCUUUGGGGCUCUGCCUGCCUCUGAUCACAGUCUGCUUGCCAUGGGCCAGCUGGUACCAGCUGAAGGAGUGGAUGACUCCAGAAGCCUGGAAGGAGGAGUGCAUCAGAUUCUCUUGGGAGAUGUACAGACUAUUCCAGUACAGAUUGUGGGCAGCCAGCCAGAACUUACUGAAGAAAACACAGAGGGUGUUGUUACCUGUGUGAGCCGAGUUAAACAAGAACCAAGAGAAAAAGCAUUGUCUAUGGAGACAGAUAAAAUCAGAGACUGCCACAGUUCCUCACCAUAGUUCUUCACCUUCACCUGUGAAGCCUGGAAGGAUUUUUCAAAUUGGAGGACUCUAAAUGUCUUGGAAGGAAAGGCAGGUGCUCUCAAAGUACUGCCAUUCUUUUUUAAUUGUAUUGUGACAUUCAGACUAAGCAUAUUUUAGAGCAGUUCUGACAGAAAGCUGUUUUGGUUUGACUGAUGUGGCUCACUGCCAACUCCAUGUCAUUCAGUUGCCCUGUGGAACACCACCUCUCUUCUGUUUCAAGUUUUGAGUAAUUUGGAUUCUAUCCAAAUAGCCCAUUUUGUUCAUUGUUUCUGAAGGUCUUCCACAAUUUAAUUCCUUAGCUUUAGAAUGUGGAUCACAAUGCUGGGUUUGCAUUUUCCCCUUGAGACUCUUGAUUGUGAUUGCACUACAGAGACCGUAGAAUCUGUCAGCUCCAAGAUCAUAGAAUCCAACAGCAAAGUGAUCAAUAUGGCAAUGGUUUUGUGACAAAAGGAAGGUCCAGGAUGCUGAACUUCUAAGUGAUAAAGGACAUGGAUGCUUAAGAAAAUGCAGCUUUGACCUGAUCAUAAUGUUCAUGGUGUGAAGAUCAAGGAGAGGAGAAAGAACAUGAAGCCUUCCAAACUACCCCUCAAAACCACCAUGCUCAGAGCCUGAAAGGAUCACUUACCUCUGAGAGUACUCCAGAUAACUGUCAAGAGACCAGAGCAGAGAACAGAAGAGGAAGAGAAGUUUUCAAAAAGCUGCUUGCAGGAGAUAGAAAGCUCUCAAAGUUUCAGCUGAAGAUUGCAAUUUCUUAUAGCUGAAAUUACUCACUUUAGAUGUGCACUAGCUAUCUUCUGAAUGCAAACUGGUCUGGUAACUCUGUGUUUUUGGCUGUUGACAAAGCUGUUAUCACGUCCGAGGUGUUCUGCACAUGGAAGGAGAUGGAGGAAGUGGGAACCUUCCUGACCUUACUUCUACUGAGAACAGAUGAUCUGUGGAAAGGGGGUUUUACCAGUUUAAAAUCAAUAUCCUCACAAUAAUUUGGUGGGUGCACAGGUUUUUCAUGUCAGGUGCUAGUGCAUGUCUAACUUUGUACAUAAUACAAGCCAUAAAAUGACCUCUCAUUGGCUUAGCCGUAUUUUUUGGUGUCUCCUACCACUGUACUCAUUGCUUUUUGGGAGUGGGGAAAUAAUUUUGACAUGUUCUCAUUUUCCACUUUUCUGCCUUUCUCCUGUUGCCUCUUUCUCAUACCCAGAGCAGCACAGAAACAAAUUUCUCAUUUUAAAAAACUUCUCUAUCCUCAGUUUUCCAUGUUUUGGGGUUUCCUCUUUGCUUUUUUGUGCUGGAGUUUGAUUUCUUACAUGACUGCAAUGUAAGAUAUUGCGCUUUGCUUAAGGAGUGGGAAAUACUGGGGUGAGCUCCACUGCCCCCUUCAUUCCAGAAGUCCUCAGAGGAAGCAGCUGCCGCAGGUUCUGCUCCUGCAGCUGCAUCUCCACACAGGCCAGCGCAAACGCAGAACUGUGCUGAUGCCAGGCUGCACUUUGUGUACCAGCACGUUAUCAGUACAGCGUUACUGCUGGGAUUCCAGAUCACUCUGUGGGCCUGCCCCACUGCGUCCUCACAAGUGACACUUUGGGCACAACUUGAAAGAGAGCACAGGAGACGGCCAGGAAGUUCUCGAUGUUCAGCUUUUAGUUUGUGCUUCUGUAUUGAGUCGAGGUGCCCUGGUGUGGGCGGCCCCGUGCAGGACACAGCUGGUUCCAGGCAGCUCUCGGUGGACCUGCCACGGGACACGGCCGAGCGCAUCGGUGGAGAUGGGGCACCUCUGUGGAGGGGUCUGUAAGCAAGGGCAAAAUGCUGCAAGGCAGAGGGGAGUGAGGAAGAAGGUGAAACAGUCCUUUGAGCACCCCGAUCAGAGAAGAAGGAGAGGGAGGAAUUGCUUCAGGUGCUGGAGCAGGUGUUUUCCCUGCAGACCACAGGGGAUCACAUGGCAGAGCAGGUGCAGAUUUUUCUGAAGGAGCUGCAGUCCAUGGAGAGGAGCCAUGCCAGUACAGGCUUCUGCUGAAGGAUUGCAGCCUGUGGAGAGGACCCACGAUGGAGAGACAGAAAGAAGCUGUUACAGACUGAGUGUAACGCCCAUAUUCCAGUUUGUCCUGUGCUGCCUUGGACAAGGGGACACAGAGAAGUUGGGUUUCAAAAUGUGAAGUUGAGUCUGAGGAAAGAGGGCAAUAGGAAGGGAAUGUGCUGUUUUAAUUUGCUUUUGUUUCUCGGUGAUUUUUAUCUAUUUUAUUGGCAAUAAAUUAAAUUAGCUUUCCUCAUAUUGAUUCAACUAUUGAAAUUUACAUCUGGACGCAAGUCACGGUGGAAAAAUCCUGAUUUCUGUUUGAUUGCUGCAAGUCACUAUUGCCUUUAAUUUUUUAAGUAAUCAGAGGUUAAUUUUUAAGAAUUCAUUCUGUGUGAAGGAAGUAGUGUACCUUGCCUGAAUCAGGAAUUGCAUUUCUGGAUAUAUUCAUGUUAGGCCUUUCAAGUUCAGUGUAUUCACCUCUUCACUAGAGUAGAUCUCAGGUGGAGAAUUAACUCAGGAACAUGUCUAAUCCAUUACAUUUCAGCUGGAAGAGAAUACCAGCCAUAUUUUUAUAGAUUUGAGCAUAGGAGAGUCAUUUGGUAAAGCUGUUCUUACAGGUGUUAAGGGUGUAGCAUCUUCCCAGUGUUUUGUCUAGCAGUGCUUCAAAAUAGGGCAAAGUUUGUGGUGAGUGACAUCUUUGGUGAAAGUGCUGUUAACUUUGGGAAAAGGAAUAAGCCAAGUUUGGGAAUGAGAUUUAUUAUCUGUGCUAUUCAGAGAUCGUUUUCCUGAAUAAGAAGGGAACUUCCUUUAGAGGAUAAGUUUUAUAUGUAUGUUUUUACACCACCUUUGGAAAAUACCUGAACACCAAGGGUAUCUAGACAGGGUACUAGGGGACAAGACACACUUCCUGGUUUAUAAAGGAGCCACUGGAAUAUAAAAUUGAUGGAUAGCUUCCUAACAUUAGUUAAAUUAAUUUUCUCUUCAUCCUCUCUCUUCACAUUUCACUAUAAAGGGAAGAGUCUCUGUUGAAGGGAACAUGGUGAAUUGUUAGUUGUCCAUAAAACUGUUUAUGAACAGUUGGAUGAAAAGGAAUUCUUUGGUAAUGAAUUAGAUGAGCUUUGGAAAGAAUUGCACUGUCAUUGUGACUUCAAGUAUUUUCUUCCAAUUAUAUCACUCACUAUUGAUUAUUGUCUUACUGUUUAUUUGCUGUAAGCUUUUCUGGCUAUGUCAGGGCCAUAUGGCAAUUCUCUUUUCUCUGAACUAUUAUAAAAGGGAAAGGAAUCCUUCAUUUAGCAUUUAGCCACCAGCUGUUGUGGAAAAAUCCAUGAUUAUUCAUGUUCCAUAGCUACCAAAUAUCUUUUGUGCAGAAGUAUUCCUUAAAUUUGUGAUUUUUCCUUGGAUCAGGCAAAGUGAAUUUGCUAUCUUUAAAAAAAAAAAGGCAGGCUACACUGGAACCAAAUUUAGCAUCUUCAGGAGCUGUGACCUAGGGUUCAUCAGUUGCAAUUGUAAAAAGAUUGAUGUUUUCAUAGUGAAAUGUUUUUAUUCAUCUGGUUUAAUCUAUGAACAAAAGUGUCUUCAUUCCUCUUAUUUCAGACUUCUGAACUCCUUUGCAAAAUGAGAAAUCGCUAGUGAGAUUAGCUAAUAACUGCAAAAAUGGAAACGUUUCACUGGGGACAGGUGCUAACAAAAUGUACCUUAAAGUCAGCCAGCAUAAUUAGCAUUAGUAAGGUAAGAUCUUUCAGAGAUUAACUACAGAUUAAUACUUUUGGUGGUACACUGAUGUUUAUUCUGAUCUUGUAAACAAAAAUGUUUAUUGCAGAAAGAACUGGGAAAUAAAGCACUUUGUAAAAUGCCA